AUAUGUACUCGGUUUAUAUACGAAACCCACUUUCAGCGUGAAUUUGGUAUAUUCAACUUAACUAUUACCCCCUCAAGCACUCCUGGCACAUUCUUCUACAUCGUGAAUAUUACACUGAGCUCAAAUGCAACGAUAAGAUAACCAGCAAUAUGAGUAUCAGUCCAACAUCGCUAAAAUACCCAUUCGAAAAAGAGCACGAAUUGCAUAAUGGACUACAUAAUCCAAAUGAAGCUCAGCGACUACCUGGCUAUCCUCAAAUUUUGCUUCAAGAUACAAUGGAACUGGCAACCUUUAUAUCCAAAGAUCUUCGUACACCAAUAUUAGAGAAAAUCUCCCCUCGUCUAUGGUGGAUGUCCACACAAUCAAGCGCACAUAUUGGACCUCUUCAUCAUCAAGGUGUUAAAUUACGCGAUAUCGUCAUUUCGGAGAAUCCUGAGCUUCAUCUGAUUUGGUAUUACGACAAGAUCUUCAUCAAACCUGUACCAAAAUAUUUAUUAUCUUUCGAUUUCUGGCAUACCUAUCUCAUAUCACCAACUUCACCCUUGGGCUCAGAGAGAGAGAUUAUUAAACGCUCAGCACUCGGCUUUCUUCGUACUUAUCGAUAUCUCGUACAGUAUGAAUCAGAUUUCAAUAUUGCUAUAAAAAGGAGGCUUUUACCGGAAGCAACGACAUGGGAAUCCUUCUCCAGACUUGUUUCAGAUCUCCGCAGAAUCGAUGAUGGCGAUGUUACGGGACGUUAUGCAUUUGGGGAGAUACGCCUCUCAAGAUUGAAUUUUUAUAUUAAGAUUAUUCUCGGGAAAAGCACUUUUCAUAAAGUCUAUGGCCAAUAUGGUGCUUAUUUUGGACGUUUUUACGGUCCUGUUUUGUUCAUUCUUGGAAUAGUAUCAAUUAUCUUGAAUGCUUUGCAGUUGGAAAUGGCUGUAGAAUCUCUUGAUAGUACUCGAUGGCAAAGCGUUCGGGAUAUAAGCCGAUUCACUAGUGUUCUAGUAGCAGCUAUACUUUGUGGGAUUGCAUUCGUGUUAUUUUUACUACUUGUAUUACGAAUCGCAGCGGAGUGGUUUUAUGCUUGUCGUGAUCGGAGACGGCAAAGGCGAAAACUUGAUCAUGUUCUUUAAACAUUUUCGAUGCCGACCAAGGGGAGAUGGUUGAGACAAGAGGAAGGCUAUCACCUUGAUCCAGGCCACAAAUCUAUAAGUUUUGGGGUUAUAUAUGCAGCUUUAGUCCUAAAAAAAAUAAAACCUCAAACUGGUUUUCAUGUGACCACUUUGCUUCCGUCAACCCAGUCAGAAAAGACACGAAAAUAAUUAAA